CAAAACAUCUGGGUGGCUAGAAUGGUGAUUUGGAGAAUAUUCCACUAUGUUGGCUUUGAAAAAAUUGACAACUUUGACUUAGAUGCUAUCCCAUUGAAGAACCCACUGAAAGUCUUUGACAAAAUCAAAACUGCAGACAUAAUAGCAGCCACUGGGAUAUAUCCAAUUGGUAUUGGGAAAUCAUAUGGAUUCACACUCAACAUGGGCAGUGUGGAACUAAGGAACUCAAAAAGAAUGGACCAGUUUUGGGACAGCCUUGCUAGAGAAAGUAUAUCUAGACUCCCUGAUGAUCAGCUUCUGCUUAACCGUGCCUUGUAUGAAGAAGGAAUAACAUGGAAAAUCAAGAAACCCUAUAACUUUACAUCCUAUAAUGACAGUGCCGUCAUGUUUGGUUCAGUGCAUGGUGUAACAAGAAAUGGAUUUG